UGUGAAGUUUAAUUUUGAGAAAGAAAGUUGCCCUAAUUGCAUCACGCUCGCUCUAACCAAGCAGGUUUAAUGGCGGGAAUUUGAAAAGCUCUUCUCAAUUGAGAAGAAGAAACCGCGCUUCCUUCUUCUUCUUCUUCUUCUUCUUCUUCUUCUUUCCCUCUUCCAUUGAGCACUGAGUAGUAGUAGCUGAACACAAUCGGAGAAUGGGAUCUGAAGCUCUUGUUCCGAAAUGGGCAUCGAAGCCUUGCAUCAUGGGAAUCGACGAAGCUGGAAGAGGCCCUGUUCUAGGUCCCAUGGUCUAUGGUUGCUUGUACUGUGCUCGCUCCUACCAGAACACCCUUUCCACUUUGAGUUUUGCAGAUUCUAAGACAUUGAAAGAAGAGAAGAGGGAAGAAUUAUUUGAAUCUUUAAAAGCCAAUGAUUCUAUUGGAUGGGCUGUUGAUGUCAUUGACCCCAAGGAGCUCUCUGCUAAGAUGCUCAAGAAGAAUAAGAUAAACUUGAAUGAGAUAUCACAUGACUCUGCCAUGGGCCUCGUCGAUAGGGUGCUAAAAAUGGGGGUGCUUCUAACUGAGGUUUAUAUAGACACAGUUGGAGAUCCAGGGAAAUAUGAAGUGAAGCUGUCCAAAAAUUUCCCAUCUAUCAAAUUCGUGGUUGCAAAGAAGGCUGAUAGUCUUUAUCCUGUUGUCAGUGGUGCAAGCAUAGUUGCAAAGGUCACGAGAGACCAAGCUAUAAGACAAUGGGUGCUUGAAGAGACUGCUGAAAACAUGCACAGGAAUUUUGGCUCUGGAUAUCCUGGAGAUCCCACGACCAAGUCUUGGCUAGAACAUCACAAAAAUUCUGUCUUUGGAUUUCCAACAUUGGUCCGGUUUAGUUGGGGGACCUGCACCACUUAUUUUAAAGAUGGUGCUGAAGUCUUAUGGGAGGCUGACAAAGAUGAAGAUGAAGGCGGCAAUAAUAAUAGCCGCAAGCGACAACUGAAAUUAAGCAAUGUGGGUUUCACCACAUCCAAGAGAAGUGAAGAAAUAGAAUCAAGUGGUAAAGGACGCUCUAGGUUUUUUCAGGCUCGGAAACUUGAGCACCUAAGUCAUUUCUGACAACGCUGAUGCUUACUUUAUUCAUCUCUCUUUGUCUUGCACAACUUUAGUAAUUUCUAGCUCUGUGAAAUUUUGAAAUGUUUCAUUUUCAGAGAACAUCAUGUAUUUAUACCUUUCUGGGGUCUAACCAGAUUUGUACUAGUGAUGUGCCAGUUUAAGGAUGUUACUCUCAAACCCUGUCAAACUAGAAUUGUACUAAUAAUGUGCCAAUUUAAUUAGUAUAGUUGAUAUUUGUAAGUUAAACAUGUAUUUCUAUGUGUACGAUUAAGGAGAUUGAUAAAAUAUUGUGAAAAUGCCAAGUUGCAGAA